AUGUGGAGAGACCGGACGAAUCUUUAUAUCUCCUAUCGCCAGUCAUACUCCCAUCAUCCUGCCAAAAAACCGCGAUUCCCAUCCACCUCGAAUGGCUAUGGCGACCAAGGCUCAGAAGAGACCAGGGGUCUCAUGUCCGUCGGGGCAUACGAGAACGACGGCGAUGCGGUCAUAGAGAUGGAUCUGCUCCCUCCCCGUUGGAUUGAUGUCCAAGAUGAGGUCGGCGACAUUCUCAAGGAUAUCACUCUCAAAGCUGCAAAAUUGGACAAGCUUCAUUCAAAACACGUGCUUCCGGGUUUCGAUGACGAGUCGAUCAAGCUGCAGGAGGAGCGCGAAAUAGAGAUAUUGACCACAGAGAUCACGAGAGGCUUCCAGGAAUGCCAAAAGGCCAUCAAGCGCAUCGAGAGUAUGGUGAAGGAGGCCAGAGAGACAGGGAACCUUCAAAAAGGAGACGAGAUCAUGGCGAAGAAUAUCCAAGUCGCUCUAGCAUCAAGAGUUCAGGAAGUUAGCGCCACAUUCAGGAAGAAACAGAGCAAUUACCUGAACAAGCUCCGUCAACUGGGUGGCUUCGAAUCACCAAUUGGGCGUUCUCCGACUCCAAUCCCAAUUCAGAACCCAUACUCUGACCCAGCCCUCUUAGAGUCAGACGCCGACAAAAGACUGGGGCAAUCAGCAUUACAGCAAACUGCGCAGAAACGACUACAUAGACACGACACCGCAAUUGCACAGCGAGAACAAGAAAUCAACGAUAUCGCCAAAGGCAUCAUCGAGUUGGCCGACAUAUUCCGCGACUUACAGGCCAUGGUCAUCGACCAGGGCACAAUGCUUGAUCGCAUUGACUACAAUGUGGAACGAAUGGCUACAGACGUAAAAGGGGCGGAGAAGGAGCUCAUUGUUGCCACCAACUACCAACGACGCAACACCAAACGCAAGAUUCUGCUCUUAUUGUUGCUUCUUGUCAUUGGCAUGUUUGUCCUCCUGAUCAUCAAGCCUAAGAGGGGAGCACAACCGGUGCCGCCUCCUGCAUCACCUGCAAACCCAGACAAUCCUCCUUAG